GGCUAGACACUUCCGGAUUGGAUAAAAAUCCACAAAAUGUUGGAAUGUUUCUCAAUUAGUGACCUUAUUAGCUUGUUUUGAACCUCGCCGACACAGCAAAAUAAGGAAAAAUAUGCAGGCUACCAAAAUAUGAAAGAAUAUGGGUUCUCAAGAGGAAUUUGUUGAAGAAAUUGACCAUCAAGAAUUGGAAUUCCAAGAGGUUGUAGGAAAAGGUGCAUUUGGCGUUGUCAGUCGUGCAAUAUGGUGGAGUCCUGGGAGAGGUCAUGGCAUUCAAGUUGCUGUGAAAAGAAUAGAAACAGAGUCAGAAAAACAAGCAUUCAAGACAGAGUUGAAGCAGCUCUCUAGAGUGUCACAUCCAAAUAUUGUGCAUCUGUAUGGAGCAUGUACACUCAGUGAGCCAGUAUGCCUCGUGAUGGAAUAUGCAGAAGGUGGUUCCCUAUAUAAUGUUUUACAUGGUCAUGAGCCGCAGCAGAUCUACAGUACAGCCCAUGCCAUAAGCUGGUGCCUACAGUGUGCUCUGGGGGUAGAGUAUUUACAUGGAAUGAAACCUAAACCUCUUAUACACAGAGAUUUGAAACCUCCAAAUUUACUGCUGAUCAAUGGGGGAACAGUCCUUAAGAUCUGUGACUUUGGGACAGCUUGUGCCAUUCAGACACACAUGACCAACAAUAAAGGGAGUGCAGCUUGGAUGGCCCCUGAGGUCUUUGAAGGGAGCAACUACAGUGAGAAGUGUGACGUGUUCAGCUGGGGAAUCAUCCUAUGGGAAGUCAUCACUCGGAGGAAGCCCUUUGAUGAAGUUGGGGGUGGAGCAUUUAGAAUCAUGUGGGCUGUUCACAAUGGUACAAGGCCUCCUAUGGUAAAAAAUCUCCCUGAGCCUUUAAAGUCAUUAAUGACAAAAUGUUGGCUUAAGAACCCUGCAGAGAGGCCAUCAAUGGCAGAAGUUGUGCGAGUCAUGACUCAUCUCAUGCAGUUCUUUGAAGGUGCAAGUGACCCACUCUACUACCCUGAAGAACCAGAGGACCCUGAAACAGUGGUAACUCCAGUCGCUAACACUAUAGAUGUCGCCAAUAUGUUUGACAAAUCACCUGGCUCUGUGGCCCCUGGACAUGGUACACAUACUAUAAGAGAUACUGUUAGAGCAAUGAUUGGAGAACCUGUCCCUAUUUUCUCUACGCUUACAGCCCAAAGACCAGGCCCAGAACAUGUUGUAGUAGAAGUACAGGAGGAUUCUACACAAGCCCCAAGGAGAACAAGUGCCCCUGCCUCGCUUGCUGCUAGCAGGGAGAACCUCAUUGAAGGGAAGAAUUCACGUUCAAGCACACCUUCUGUUGAUAGCAAACGCUUCUCAGCUGAUUUAUCUAAAUUAGAUGAAAUUGAUAUAAUGUCACAAGGUGGUAGUAGUAGUACUGGCUCAACAGUGUCUGGAGGAAUGGGACACAGAAGGAGUGGCUCCACAGGGGCAACAAUUAUUCUCCCUGCCCCCAUACCUGCAGUACAUGGUCAUCGCAGAUCAGGUUCCUAUGGCAACUCACCUGUAGUAAAUGCUACAAGCUCGCCACCUAUAGUCACCGUGAGCUCUCCUUUUGGCGUGCAAGGACAUCCCGCAAUGCAUCAUGCGAUCACUGCCCCAGCUGAUUUGUCACAAAUGUCACAAACACCCCAAAGUGCGACUCAUCGAAGUGUAUCUUGGUCACCCAGUGGCCAAGGUGUACAAGCCAUGCCACAGAGGCCCGUGUCAGGUGGGGAAGAUGUAGAUGCUGCAGCUGCUGCCAUGGCGAUAAACCUUGCCCACAUGAACUUUUAUGAAACUCCACUGCCCCCAGAUUUACAGCCACUAGCACCUGCCAGGCACAGCCAGGAGUCCAUGGAUAUACAGAGCCCACUGUCAGGUGACUGAUGAGUACUUGAAGACUAGGGCGGAGCUUAAUUUAUUGACAGCUAGAAAGAAUGACAUGAUGAAGGAGUUGAAAGAAGAUGAAAAGGAAGAGAAGCAAACCAAGACCUAUGCAGAGGAAUACCAGCAGCUAAUAAGUGAAAAUGAGGCCCUAGAGUUACUCUAUGCAAAUCUCAAGAGACAAGUUACUGCAAUACGAUCAAAGCAACCAAAUAUUGGAGCAGGUACAUGAUAUCCCAGCAUACCUAGGUCUUGUUCUGCAGUUAGUUGUUAUCCCAGCUUACCUUGGACUUGUAUAGUAGAUAGCUGAUGUCCCAACAUAAUUAUGAAUAUUUGGAUUGGCAGAUAUCCUAGCCAACCUUGUACUGAUAAAGCAGGGAGUUGAUAUCCCAGCAUACCUACGACUUGUAAAG